AUGUCCUCAAACUCUGCCAUGGGGGUCGUGAAAAACACGAAGAAAGAUGCACCAGGGAGGAACAAAAACCCAGAGACUCUUCAAAUGCUUCUUGAAGAAGCACAGAAGGCGGCACCCUCUGACAGACAUAAUCCUGAUGUUGAUGGCCAAGAUUCUACCACGGGUGGGCAUGAAGACAACCAGCAGUCCACUGACGACAUCGACGAAGAUCCGCCACAUCCAAAAACUUCAAAAGCAUCACAUGAUAUUCAAGAAGAGAGACAUCCAGAGCCGGUGAAUACAGACGAGCAUGGGUCCCGCAAUGUGGAAAUGUUGGAUGCUGGUUCUGCCGAAGAUUCAAGCUCCGAUCCUGCUAUGCCAGUAGAACCCGAUGCCAAUAUCCGAAACGGCAAGCUGGAAUUACUCGAAGACUUUGGAAAGCUCAACAUAGGAAAAGACGAUAUCGGACGCAAAAAGAAAGAGACGAAAAUGGGAGGUCGCAAUCCAGCCGACAUCGACUGGUUUGGCGGCAAGGGGACAAGCCGAUUCUGCAUAUUUCGCACUGGUCCCUCUCAGGCUCCGAGAUACGAGUUCCACAGAACGACUGCGUAUAGUGUUCCAGAGCCGAAGUGCAUCUAUGAACGCAGCAAUCGCAUCUCGCAGCUCCGUUGGGAAGAUGAAAAUGGGAAUAAACACUGGCAAUAUACAAGAGAAAACAUUGGUGGGACUGCUGCUAUUACCGUGGCGGAAAGGGAUGACAAUAAAACAAUCUGUGUCCAGUGUCCACAAACAUGGGUCAAAAUCGAAUGGAAGAAUAUCAAAGAAGAACAUCAGGAGCUCCUGAUUGGCGGAUACAGUUGGAUACCCAGGUCGGAUAUGAUUCGGUUGCUCGGCGAAAAACAGGCAGCAAUUAGACUUCAAUUCGCCUGGGAUGUGCAGGAGCAUCGCUAUGUUGAAGCCAUGAGAAAGAAGGGCAGGUUCAUUGAUCCCUUGACGUUUCCUUUAUAUACCUUCAACGAAGUCAAGAUGGAGCGAGAACGAUCUCGGUCACAGUCAGUCAUGCCCUCCUCUUUCUUGACGUCAGAUCGACUGCCAUCCGUGGCACCAAUUGGAAGAGAUCGCUUAGGAGUUCCGACGGCUGGUAAAAGCAUGGGUGUGAAGGAAGAGGAAGAAGAGCAAUAUGCCCAAAGGACCGCGCCGUCUCAUCUUCCUGGCGAAACCGGUGAAGCAAACGUCACUGACCGAGGGGACAGAGAAAGAGCUGGCAACAAGAGACAAACAACAAAGACAUUCAAUGUGCAUUCUUACUUGGCGACAGUGGAGAGGGUAGAGAAAUGGAGCGAGGCUGACAAAAAUAAAAGAAGAGCAAUAGCUCUGGCAAAUUACGAUCACUAUAAAGAAGCGAGGGAGGCCUUGGGCGAUAAAGAGGAGGACUAG